AUGGCAGAAGCAAAUACAUUUGCAAUCGUCAAAUUUAUAGAUGAAGAUGAUGCUCCAGGCAUUAUUCUACUUUCAUGGCUGGCGACUGAUUACUCUACAUGUUACUAUCCAGAGUCUAAAACUGACCAAAUGAGAGAACGCCUCAUUAAGGAUGACGUGAGUCCAUAGAACAAAGCAUACAAGUGGGCAAUCUGCAAAGUGCAUGUUAUUGUGAGUAUCUACUCUUUUGUAUAGUAAUACAAUAAACCUGCUAGUCAUUUUCUUCUAGUUUAUUUGUCCUACAGUAUACUUCGUGUGUGUGUUUGUGUGUGUGUGUGUGUGUAUAUAUAUAUUUAAUAUUUAUUUUCUUUGUCUUUGUGUAUUUCCAGCUACAUUUGCUUUGGCCAGAAGUAAUCUUAAAAAAGCAGAGGAAACCUCAGGCCUGGACCCUGAACCUGACCUCAGUGAGGAAAGAAAAUCAAGAAAGCAACUGUAUUGCUUCCUGGAGAAGAGGCUGGUGAUGAAGAAUCUGACAUAGCAGAAACAGAAAUACAAAACCGUGUAACAAGGUGUCCAUCCGUACAACAACGAUUAUCUGUGCUACCACCUUUCCCUCAGCCUGAGUCCUUUCAUGUACCAGUUGCUGCAUCUUCUCCUUUAUUCUCACAUUUACCUUUUCUUCCUUAGCUAUUUUUUCUAAUGUUCCAUAUGUUUCUUCACCAACUAACUUCCCCCAAUCAGCCCUGCUUGUUUCAACUACACAUUGCCCCUCUAAUAAUGCACCUCUUACACACACUUUAACAGAUAUUUCUAAAUCCUGCUUUACACCUUUCCAACACGAGUCGUCCGUUACAAAAUUUCUGCAUUCUUCAAAAACCUCUUACACUCAAAGUCCUCCAACUAUAAUUCCUUUCGCUAUUCCCUUAUAGGGUUGCUGCCCUCAUAUUAGCUAGCGCUUACUCUUUGUUCUGUUAUAAUUCCUUUCAAUUCUGCUGCAUCUAGUAGAGCUACACACCAUUCUUCCAUUCAAGAAGACGUGCAGCACAUUUCCCAUUAUCUAGGUUUGUAUAACAGAUAUUUUUUUUCUAUUUUUGUUUGCAAUGUAUAUUUUUUUUAUUGUGUUCAUGUUUUAUUAAGUAUUUUACAUAAGUUAAAUUGUCUGCUUCAUUUCCACACUGCUUGCAAAAGAUCAUGUACUCUUCAUUUGGUCCCAAUAUGCUUGCUGUACAUUAUUUUACCGUGAUCUAAGGCUAAACCUAAAAAAAAGCUCUUAGAUGAAUCUUAAGCCCUCACCAACAAUUUUGUGUUGAAGAAGUAGAAAUUUGAGGUAGUUUGCAUAAUUUGUAUUCUGAAUAAAAGGAGGAAAACAUAGUUUAGUUGUCACUUUCUGACAUGGUCAAAUGGAGAGUGCUCAAUAAUUACAACAGGGCAUUUAAAGUUGCUCUCGGUAAUAUGUCUUACUGAUUCCGUUCUUUUAUUUCUAGCUCCAGCAAGAGAGAAUAGAAAAUGGGCAGAUGUUCUGCAGUGGGUGGCAGACAUAACUGGAAGACUUGAAAAAAUAGAGGAAAGAUUGGAAGCCAUAGCACAAAUACAUGUACCUAUAGCAGAAGAAGAUGACACAUACAUUUUUAGUCUUCUGGCCCUGAAGUCUUUGGACUACUUUCAAAAAUUGGUAGAUGCUUUGAAAACAAGCAAAUCUCUGAAAAACAAACUGGUAAUUUGA